CGCGUUGUCACGUGACUGCGUCCAUGGCCCUCCCGUUGGAACCAGUGGACGUGGUGGACACUGUGGGGUAGGGGGUGUUGGGGCAAGAUGGCGGCGCACCUAUCUUACGGGCGAGUGAACCUGAACGUGCUGCGCGAGGCGGUGCGUCGCGAGCUUCGCGAGUUCCUGGACAAGUGCGCGGGAAGCAAGGCAAUAGUUUGGGAUGAAUACCUAACUGGACCCUUUGGCCUGAUUGCGCAGUAUUCACUAUUGAAGGUAAAUGAGCUAUUUGGAGACAAUGGCCCUGAUGGGAUGGAGCCCGAAGGCGUCAUCGAGAGUAACUGGAAUGAGAUUGUUGACAGCUUUGAUGACAUGAACCUCUCGGAGUCCCUUCUCCAUGGCAUCUAUGCCUAUGGUUUUGAGAAGCCUUCUGCCAACCAGCAGCGAGCCAUUCUACCUUGUAUCAAGGGUUAUGACGUGAUCGCUCAAGCCCAAUCUGGGACUGGGAAAACAGCCACAUUUGCCAUAUCGAUUCUGCAGCAGAUUGAAUUAGAUCUAAAGGCCACCCAGGCCUUGGUCCUAGCACCCACUCGAGAAUUGGCUCAGCAGAUACAGAAGGUGGCCAUGGCACUAGGAGACUACAUGGGUGCCUCCUGUCACGCCUGUAUUGGGGGCACCAGUGUUCGUGCUGAGGUGCAGAAACUGCAGAUGGAAGCUCCCCACAUCAUCGUGGGAACCCCUGGCCGUGUGUCUGAUAUGCUUAACCGGGUAUACCUGUCUCCCAAAUACAUCAAAAUGUUUGUACUGGACGAAGCUGAUGAAAUGUUAAGCCGUGGAUUCAAGGACCAGAUCUAUGACAUAUUCCAAAAGCUCAACAGCAACACCCAGGAAGAACUGACCUUGGAGUGUAUCCACCAAUUCUACAUCAAUGUGGAACGAGAGGAAUGGAAGCUGGACACAUGGUGUGACUUGUAUGAAACCCUGACCAUCACCCAGGCAGUCAUCUUCAUCAACACCCGAAGGAAGGUGGACUGGCUCACUGAGAAGAUGCAUGCUCGAGAUUUCACUGUCUCUGCCAUGCAUGGAGAUAUGGACCAAAAGGAACGAGAUGUGAUCAUGAGGGAGUUUCGAUCUGGCUCUAGCAGAGUUUUGAUUACCACAGACCUGCUGGCCAGAGGCAUCAAUGUGCAGCAGAUUUCUUUAGUCAUCACCUAUGACCUUCCCACCAACAGGGAAAACUAUAUCCACAGAAUUGGUCGAGGUGGACGGUUUGGCCCUAACAAAUGUUGCUUCCUUUGCAGUGAAGAUAGACGAGGCCCAACGAGAGAUUUCCACAUUCUGUUUGUGCCACGCCGUAGCCUAUUGUGCGAACAGCGGUUGAAGGAUCUGGGUGUCUUGGGAUCCUUUAUUCAUAGGGAGGAGUACAGCUUAGAUCUCAUUCCAUUCGAUGGGGAUCUCUUAUCCAUGGAAUCAGAAUGUGCAUUCAAAGAGUGCUACCUGGAGGGCGACCAGACGAGCCUGUACCACGCAGCCAAGGGGCUGAUGACCCUCCAAGCUCUGUACGGAACGAUCCCCCAGAUCUUCGGGAAAGGAGAAUGCGCUCGGCAAGUGGCCAAUAUGAUGAUCAGGAUGAAGAGAGAGUUUACAGGAAGCCAGAAUUCAAUAUUUCCUGUUUUUGAUAAUCUCUUGUUGCUUGAUCGGAAUGUGGAUUUAUUAACGCCCCUUGCCACUCAGCUGACAUAUGAAGGACUCAUUGAUGAAAUUUAUGGCAUUCAGAACAGUUAUGUGAAAUUACCCCCAGAGAAAUUUGCACCUAAGAAACAGGGCGAUGGUGGUAAGGACCUCCCCACAGAAGCAAAGAAGCUGCAGCUGAAUUCUGCAGAGGAGCUCUAUGCUGAGAUCCGAGAUAAGAACUUCAAUGCAGUGGGCUCUGUGCUCAGCAAGAAAGCAAAGAUCAUCUCUGCAGCAUUCGAGGAAAGACACAACGCGAAGACUGUGGGGGAGAUCAAGCAGUUUGUUUCCCAGUUGCCACACAUGCAGGCAGCAAGGGGCUCGCUGGCAAACCAUACCUCAAUUGCAGAAUUGAUCAAAGAUGUCACUACUUCUGAAGACUUCUUUGACAAAUUAACCGUGGAACAGGAGUUUAUGUCUGGAAUAGACACCGAUAAGGUCAACAAUUACAUUGAGGAUUGUAUUGCCCAAAAGCACUCAUUGAUCAAGGUGUUAAGACUAGUUUGCCUCCAAUCUGUGUGUAAUAGUGGGCUCAAACAAAAAGUUUUGGAUUAUUACAAAAGAGAGAUUCUCCAGACAUACGGCUAUGAGCACAUAUUGACCUUACAUAACCUGGAGAAGGCUGGCCUGCUGAAACCACAGACGGGGGGCAGAAACAAUUACCCGACUAUUCGGAAAACAUUACGCCUCUGGAUGGAUGAUGUCAAUGAGCAGAACCCCACGGACAUAUCCUAUGUGUACAGUGGCUAUGCCCCACUCAGCGUGCGGCUGGCUCAGCUGCUCUCCCGGCCUGGCUGGCGGAGCAUCGAGGAGGUCCUCCGCAUCCUCCCAGGGCCCCACUUUGAGGAGAGGCAGCCACUGCCCACAGGACUGCAGAAGAAACGUCAACCGGGAGAAAACCGAGUCACUCUGGUGUUUUUCCUCGGGGGCGUAACCUUUGCUGAAAUUGCUGCCCUGCGAUUUCUUUCCCAAUUGGAAGAUGGAGGUACAGAAUAUGUCAUUGCCACCACUAAACUAAUGAAUGGAACCAGUUGGAUAGAGGCUCUGAUGGAAAAACCAUUCUAGGGUGUUCAGAAGAGACCUAACAAGUGUACUGCAGAGUAAACUGCCUCAUUGAAGAAGUUGCUGAAAGGAAGUAAAACCCCAUAGAAGAAACAUGGGGUUACAGAAUAUAACCUGGGGUCAGCUUCUUAAAUUAUACUCCUGUUUACUCCUUUCUUCUUCUCUUUUGUAUUUCUUUUCUUUUGUGGUGGGGGGAUGGAGUUUUGCUCUGUCACCCAGGCUGGAAUGCAGUGGCGUGAUCUCAACUCACUGCAACCUCCGCCUCCUGGGUUCAAGUGAUUCUCCUGCCUCAGCCUCCUGAGUAGCUGGUACUACAGGCAUGUGACACCACGCCUGACUAAUUUUUCUAUUUUUAGUAGAGAUGGUGUUUCACCAUGUUGGCUAGGCUGGUCCCGAACUCUUGACCUCAGGUGAUCCACCUGCCUCAUCCUCCCACAAUACUGGGAUUACAGGUGUGAGCCACCAUGUCUGGCCUCUAAUCUUCUGAAGAAAGAAGAAUAGAAAAGAAUCAGCCUGAGUGAAAGAAGCACUGGUUUUGAGGUUUCUAAGCUCAGGGUCUUCAUUAGAGACCUCUGGAAAUACGUUAAGGAUUGUGGGGGUAGAUAAUCCAUUCAGCCACACAAAUGGGGCCAGCUCUUAAAGCUGAGACUAAGGAGGUAAAACUGGAAAUAAAAAGAAGAAGUCCAUCCC